CUUAAAGCAGUUGUACUGCCCUUUGAGAGGGGAACAUCUCUCUGUCUGUGCGGCCAUGGGAAGACUACGGGUGAGUGACUACGAGGAGCUACGAAAUGCCAGGAUCAAAGAAAACCAGGCGCGUUUAGCAUCUCUUGGACUAGAGAAACAAACCGUGGACCUGAAAGUGUUAUUCUCUGUUACAAAAUCGAACAUAUCUACAACAAACAAGCACUGCAAAAGAGUCCUCGACCAUGGAGCUCUCAGACGAUCCCCACGCCUUAAAGACAAAUCAAAUGAACCCAAAACUCCCAUAUCACAUUCCAAACCAGAUACAGGGCUUGUUUGCCUCUCUGAACCAGCUAAAAGGAUUUAUAGAAGGUUGAAAUUGCGUGAUUCUGAUGGAGAAAAUGAGAUUAGGCCUGCGAAUGCUCCAUUAGUGAUGAUUAAUCCAACGAUUCUGCAACUCUCACCUGAGGUUUUGGCACGAAGAUGCGACAGCAAGGGCAGGGGCAGCGUUUAUGACCCUAUUUUGGGUAUUUGUUGCCAUUUUUGCAGGCAGAAGAAGCUCUGUGGGGAAGAAGGGUGCCUCAGGUGUGAAAAUCGUGACAUGGAGCAACCUUGCUUAGGAAAGACGGAUUGCUCAGUCUGCCAUUCACCGAACGGGGUAUUUUGCCGAGCCUGCCUUAAAGUUCGGUAUGGCGAAGAAAUGGAGGAGGUGAGGGAAAACAAGAAGUGGAUGUGUCCACACUGCAUUGAGGCACAAGGAGUCAAGCCGAACUGGAUUUGCAAUAGUUCCUUUUGCUUGAAGAAACGCAACAUCGCCCCCACUGGAAUUGCCAUCUUUAGAGCUCGGGAAAUGGGAUACAAAUCGGUGGCGCAUUUCCUUACGGAUGCAUUGGAGCGACUGAAGAGGAGUAAGAGCAAUGCUUAAAUUGGCAUAUGUUUCUCCUGAAUUGUUGGCAUGGCAAAGCCGAUUUUGUACCCAAAAGAGAACCUAAGGAGAAAGAGGACGUUGUUAAAAUGCAUUAUGAUUUUCUACUCUCCAUCUUUGCCCUCGCAGUAGUUCCGGUUGGCUAGGCCCGGGCACGGCCCAGGACUCUUUGAGGCAGAGGCUGAGAACAGGUACCGGAGUAGGACCAAACUGGCCCUAUUACUGGUUCGAGCACCAACCUGGCCCUAUUACUGGUUCGAGCACGCUUUAGCUAUGUUAUCAGGUUCAAGGCUUAAUUAAUCGGCCUAGGCUUGGGAUUUAGGCUGUGCCCAAGCUGAGUAAGUCUGAUGACCCCGAGUAUCCGGACUCACUAAGUAGCAUUCGAGCCCAAG